UUUCAUUUUAGUUAUCGUUAUUCCAACGGUCUUGAAGGCAUCACGAUUUCAACACCGGGCCCCACCUCUGCCGCUCCCGGCCAGGUGACAUUUCACUUUAGAUAUGCCGUCAUACGAGUGAUCACUGAAUAGAAACUCUACAGAGGCAGUUUUAGAGGUCCAGAAAAAGCAUAAAAAGAUAAGCGUCAAACCAAACAAUGGCUGAAUCACAGCUAAUGGUUCUGGAAGAUGGGCACAUCGGAACCAGGAUCCCAGAAUCUAGACCGGAGUUUUACUACAGUGAGGAGCAGCGCGUGGCCAUCGAAGAGCUGCUAAAGAACGGCGAUGGCGCCUUCAAAACGCGGUUAAAAGAGGACAAGAUGAUAGACUUUCUGUCAGCCAGAGAAAUAAAACUAUUGUUGAGCUCCUUCCGGCAGUAUGACACGGAGAGUGCCAGCAGUACAAGUCCGACAGACUCCCACGCAGAUUCUGGAGUCAAUUCCACCUACUGGCCGGAGACGUCGGACACGGAGGUGCCGUCGCUGGAAAUCGGCUGGCCCAGCGGGGGGUUGUUCAAAGGGGUCACCCGGGUGGCCGUUCACACCCAUCCACCUAAGGACAAUGGACCUCACCUCAAGGAAGUGGCGAGGCAGCUCAUCCAAGAGGCUUCAAAGGUGAUUGCAAUAGUAAUGGAUCUGCUCACAGAUGUCCAGAUCCUACAAGACCUAAUGGAUGCAGCUUGCCGCCGCUCUGUACCUGUUUACAUCUUGUUGGAUCGACAAGGCGUGCCGCACUUUCUAGAUAUGUGCUCUAGACUUCAGAUCGGCGCACAGCAUCUUUUAAACAUUCGGACCAGAAUACUUCAAGGAUUUGGCUUCAAUUUGUCUUUUGGCAAAUUCCCUGGGUCUCUUUGUAAUAAAUACAUGCUGGUGGAUGUGGACAAAGUAAUGUUUGGCUCUUACAGUUUCUCCUGGUGUACAUCUCGUAUGGAUCGAAACAUGAUCACUGUGAUGACAGGACAAGUUGUCGACUUCUUUGACAGAGACUUCCGUGAGCUGUAUGCUAUCUCUGAGAAAUUGGACCUCUACAAAGAAUUUCACAUCAGUCAACCCAACAACACUAGGACUGCCACUGUGCGCUCCAAAUUGGAGCCCAAACGGCCACCGCUACCAGCGACCACAUCCCGAUUCCAGGUCAGCUUAGGGGAUUCCAGAAACGUCAACAUCCAAGUUCCCGCACACAAAUACUAUAACCCAAAAUACUCACUCCUUUUAGAGAGCCCUCUGCGACCAACAAUGUCUCUUCAAGAACUAGGACCUAAAAUAAAUUCACUUCAUCCGGUGAUUUCUGAAGACGUGGAUGAGAGCAGGCCGAGAGUGACCAGCAGUGUUCAUGUGAAAACAACAAGCCCAGUAUCUGCUGCUGAACUGAGUGAAAAUGUAACCAGUGUUAAAGGAAAUGCUCCAGAAAAAAACAAGAAAAUGACAUGGAAGAAAAAAAUCAAGAAUUCGAUGAGAACUCCUCCAUCCACUGGAUUUAGUCAAACAGAUGAGACCGAAGACCGUUUGGAGUCGAAUGUGUCUAGAUCUAAAGUGAGUAGGAAGGUUUCCAAGCUGGAGAAAAAAACAAUGUCUCUACAAACCGUCAACACAUCACAUGACAAUGGCAGUACCAGUGGUAAAAGUCGGUCUCAAGGAAAAGCACCUUGCAAAGUAUCUUGAUCUUGACUUGUAUAUCCUAAAACGUGUGACUUUUGUUUGCCAAUGUACUUUAAGAUUGGAUACAUUUAAAGACUACGCGGUGAGAUUUGUUAACAUUUUGUGCCAAAUUAUAAUUAAAAUCUGAUUUAAUUAGGUUUAUUGCUCCUACUAACUUAUGAAGGAAAGGUCCCAAUAUUUUGAUUCCUCUGAGAGGUGAACUGCAAAGUAAGUUUAUGUAUUUAUUGAAGUAUGUUUAGCCUUAAACCCAAUGUUUUUCUUUGAACUUUGCAACUGCUUGUCUAUUUCCCAGCACUGUAAUGGAAGAAACAAGGUUCCUUUGAACAAAAUUUAUAACAUUUGAUUGUCCAAAAAUACUAACAAAAGUUAAUACAUGCCCUAAACACUAUUUGUUCUCUCAGUAGGUGAGAUUGUUUUCAAACAACCAGAACAGGUUAAAAUGGAGCAAUUGGUGAGGUUGGAUCAAGUUUAAACACUUGGACACAUUGAUAUGCCAAAUGAUGACUAAAAUGACUUUGUUAAAAAAAAGUUUAAGUGGUUAGCAUUGUUGUGGAAUCUUAAAUCAACAUCUUGCUAAAAAAAUUUACAAGAUUAUCCACACAAAUAAAAGGUUGUUUGUUUUCCUUUUAUAUUGUAAUAGAAGAGACACAGAUCCCCUAAUAAUGUUUGAAUUUUAAGAUGACAACAGGAGGCAGUUAAUGGCCAAUUCUAAUAUAUAUUUUUUUAAAUUCAUCUUAAUUAUGCUAAAUAGGAAUGUUAUACUAGCAUUUUUGGAACCAAGCUAACUUUUAAGAUUCAUGGCAAUAUUUUACAUUUUUAUUUUUUAAAGGGGCAAUAACUAUUAUUGAAUGUGAUGUAACAGAAGUUACAUCACAUACAUAUAUGUAGUACAUUCUAAAAAAAAUGUCUGAAUAGCAUUUUCUUAGGAAUCCUAACAAUCCGUUUAGUAAGAUUAGUAACUUUAAGGUGAUUAUUUUUUCUAAAUCUAUGAUGAUGUAGACUGAUUGUUUUAUAUCAUUUAAAGUGUAAAGUUUAAAAUGUAAAAGCAUUUUAAUACAGUCUCCUUGUGAUUAUAAAAUAAAAAGUUGCAUUAUGAUAAUUAAAAGUGUUGAACUCUGAAUUUUACAUUUCUUGAUUACUCAUUUGUCUUUCUUAAUUUUAUUUUCAAAUGAAUCAUAUUUGUCAUCAA